GCACGCUGACUUCCGGUUUCAAAUAACUCGCCGUUAAGCAUCUUGCCUACACUGGAUUAAUUGUUCAUUAUAUGUAACUAUAUUUGUUGUUUUCCUCUGCCAGAAUGUCUCGGGGGUCCAUCGAGAUCCCUCUGCGGGACACAGAUGAGGUUAUUGAGCUUGACUUUGACCAGCUCCCUGAAGGUGAUGAAGUCAUCAGUAUCCUGAAGCAAGAACACACGCAGCUGCACAUAUGGAUUGCUUUGGCUCUGGAGUACUACAAGCAGGGCAAAACAGAGGACUUUGUCAAACUUUUAGAGGCGGCUCGUAUCGAUGGAAACCUGGACUACAGAGACCACGAGAAGGACCAGAUGACCUGUCUGGAUACACUGGCAGCUUACUACGUGCAGCAGGCACGCAAAGAGAAAAACAAAGAUGCCAAGAAAGAGCUCAUCACGCAGGCCACGCUCUUGUACACUAUGGCGGACAAGAUCAUCAUGUACGAUCAGAACCAUUUGCUGGGAAGAGCUUGUUUCUGCCUUCUGGAAGGAGACAAGAUGGACCAGGCUGACGCUCAGUUUCACUUUGUCCUGAACCAGUCCACCAAUAAUAUCCCUGCUCUACUUGGUAAGGCUUGUAUUUCCUUCAAUAAAAAAGAUUACAGAGGUGCACUGGCAUACUACAAAAAGGCUCUACGUACAAACCCUGGCUGUCCAGCUGAAGUAAGGCUGGGAAUGGGCCACUGCUUUGUUAAACUCAACAAACUGGAGAAAGCUCGCUUGGCCUUUGGCCGCGCCCUUGAACUCAAUUCCAAAUGUGUGGGAGCCCUUGUCGGCUUGGCCGUGCUGGAGCUCAACAACAAGGAGGCCGACUCCAUCAAGAAUGGAGUCCAGCUCUUGUCACGUGCCUACACCAUCGACCCAAGCAACCCCAUGGUGCUCAACCACCUCGCCAACCACUUCUUCUUCAAAAAGGACUACAGUAAAGUUCAGCAUUUGGCUCUGCAUGCUUUCCACAACACAGAAGUAGAGGCCAUGCAGGCCGAGAGCUGCUAUCAGCUGGCUCGCUCUUUUCAUGUGCAGGAGGACUAUGACCAAGCCUUUCAGUAUUACUACCAGGCCACUCAGUUUGCCUCAUCUACAUUUGUGUUGCCCUUCUUUGGCCUGGGACAGAUGUACGUUUAUCGAAGAGACAAAGAAAAUGCAGCACAGUGCUUUGAAAAGGUGUUAAAGGCCUACCCCAACAACUAUGAGACAAUCAAAAUUCUGGGCUCCCUAUAUGCAACAUCUGAGGACCAGGAAAAGCGAGACAUUGCCAAAGGUCAUUUGAAGAAGGUAACAGAGCAGUACCCUGAUGAUGUUGAGGCCUGGAUCGAGCUGGCUCAGAUCCUGGAGCAGACUGACAUCCAAGGAGCGCUAUCUGCAUACGGCACAGCUACACGCAUCCUGCAGGAGAAGGUGCAGGCUGAUGUCCCACCCGAGAUCCUCAACAACCUGGGUGCUCUUCAUUUCAGACUGGGCAACUUGGAAGAGGCCAAGAAAUACUUCCUUGCAUCUCUGGAUCGGGCCAAAGCUGAGGGCGAACAUGACGAGCACUAUUACAACGCCAUUUCUGUAACCACCUCCUACAAUCUGGCUCGUCUGUAUGAGGCCAUGUGUGAAUUCCACGAGGCAGAGAAGCUCUACAAGAACAUCCUGAGAGAGCAUCCUAACUAUGUGGACUGCUAUUUGCGUCUGGGUGCAAUGGCACGCGACAAAGGCAAUUUCUACGAAGCUUCUGACUGGUUCAAAGAGGCCCUGCAAAUUAAUCAGGAUCAUCCAGACGCCUGGUCCCUCAUAGGGAACCUUCACUUGGCCAAACAGGAGUGGGGUCCGGGUCAAAAGAAGUUUGAGCGUAUUCUGAAACAGCCGUCCACGCAGAACGACACCUACUCCAUGUUGGCUUUGGGCAAUGUGUGGCUACAGACCCUCCACCAGCCGACCAGAGACAGAGAGAAGGAAAAGAGACACCAGGAUCGCGCCUUGGCCAUAUACAAACAAGUCCUGCGGAAUGACGCAAAGAACCUUUACGCAGCGAAUGGCAUCGGUGCCGUCCUGGCCCAUAAGGGCUACUUCAGAGAAGCCCGGGAUGUGUUUGCCCAGGUGAGGGAGGCCACAGCAGACAUUAGCGACGUGUGGUUAAACCUGGCGCACAUUUACGUGGAGCAGAAGCAGUACAUCAGUGCUGUGCAGAUGUAUGAGAACUGCUUGAAGAAGUUUUACAAACACCAGAACACAGAGGUCCUGCUCUACUUGGCACGAGCACUCUUCAAAUGCGGGAAACUUCAGGAGUGCAAGCAGAUGCUACUCAAGGCACGCCACGUGGCGCCCAGCGACACUGUGCUGAUGUUCAACGUGGCCCUGGUGCUUCAGCGGCUUGCCACUCUGGUGCUGAAAGAUGAGAAAAGCAACCUCAAGGCUGUUCUCAGUGCCGUCAAAGAGCUGGAACUGGCUCACAGGUAUUUUAGUUAUUUGAGCAAAGCUGGAGACAAGAUGAGAUUCGACCUUGCACAUGCUGCUUCUGAAGCCAGACAAUGCUCAGAUCUGCUGAGUCAGGCUCAGUACCACGUGGCGCGGGCCAGAAAGCAGGAUGAAGAGGAGAAGGAGCUUCGUGCUAAACAAGAACAAGAGAGAGACCUGCUGCGCCAACAGAUGAUGAAAGAGCAGGAGGAGAAGAGGAGCCGAGAGGCUGAGGAACAGAAGAAGCUGCUGGAACAAAGAGCUCUGUUUGUUGAGAAGACCAAGAACCUACUCACCUUUGCUGAGGGCUCCAAGGAGGUGUCCAAGGAGAAGAAGAAGGGAGGAGGAGGCGGUGGUGGACGUCGUAAGAAAGGAGGCGACAUGGACGAGUUUGUCAAUGACGACUCGGACGAAGAGCUGCCGGUCAAGAAGAAGAAGAGAAAGGCCGCCAGCGGGAGUGAGCAAGACGAGAAUGAGGACGGAGAGAAGAAGUCUCGUAAGAAGAAGAAGAGAGCUUCUAGAGACGACAGGGACAGCGAUGAUGAGGAAGGAGGAGCUCAACCCAAGAAGCAGCGCAAAAUCAAAGACCGAAAGAAGAUUGAAAAGCCUCAGCUUGAGCGUCCUCCACCUUCCCUCAAAGGAAAGAUCAAGUCAAAGGCGAUCAUCUCGUCCUCUGAGUCCUCUUCAGAUGAGGAUGGCCUGAAAAUAGCAGAAGACAGGAACCAAAGAGACAGCGGUUCCGGAUCUGAUGAUGAUGACGACGAUGGCGGCAACCACAGGAAACGCAUCGCAUCCGAUAGUGACUCAGACGAUGGGGGGAACCGUUCUGCCAGCGAGGCGGCCAGCCCUCAGCGCUCGGUGGGUUCUGGCGAUGACGAUUCUGGCAGUGACCGUGCAGUGAAGAAGAGGAGGGUGCAGCAACAGUCCGACUCGGAGCAGUCCGACAAUGAGAGCAAGAGGUCCGCAUCAGAUGAGUCCCGGCCCGGAUCACCCGUUGCGGCAUCGGAGCGAGAAUCUGAGCCGGGGUCGGACAAUGAGGGUUCUACUCGUCGCUCUGACAACGGAUCAGAACCCGAGGCGUCCAACAAUGACGAUGAUAGUGAUUAAAUCCCACAGAAUUUUUUCAUUUAUGGCCAUACUUCAUCUUAAAAUAAGCCUUUUUAGCACAGCAUUAUCAUGUAUUAUCCUUUUAAUUUUCAUAAAUGGUCUUUUUCCAAACAUGUUUUGUCACAGCAUUUGUCUUGUUAAGUGAGAAAGCUCCCCCUAAAGCCAGACUCUAUUAAACAUAUUCACUUUGCAA